UCAAAUUAUGCGUUUCCAUUAAAUAUUGUUAAUAAAAGCAUAGAAAAUCAAAAUUAUAAUAUGUAGAAGUUGAAGUUUUAUCCUUGGAGUUGGGCAAUUGUGAUCAAUUGCCGCCACAAACUUUGUUCAGCAUAACCGAAAGCCAUGCAUUUCUAGUCUCUAACAUGGGCAUAUCCACUUUCCAUCUAUCCAAAAUCCCAAUUGUGAGGCACAAGAAAACUGCAUUUUCUGAUUUCAAUAACAUCAUGUAUUCACAUGCGGGCAAGGAGAUGAGAUGAUGAUAACAACAAACACCAGCCAACGCCAACUCAAACCCAGAUUAACAAAUUUAUGGGCCACACACAUGACUCAUUUUUUUCCCCCACUUUAAGACUCUCCCUCCCCCACCCAUUUUCUUUCCUCUCUUCCCAAACACAGCACAAAGCCAAGCCAAGAAAAGGCGUCCUUCCCUGCAACAAACAAUCUCCCUGUGUCUCUUUCGACAAAAGCCCCCACAUAUCAGUCUGAAAAACUCACCACUCUCUCUCUCUCUCUCUCUCUCACUAAAACAUGCAUACAAAUUUAGAGGAAGCCUUUCUGACAGACAGCCCGUGAAGCCACUAGCAGAGCACAAGAAAAAACACAUCACUCAGCGCAAAGUGGCAAAAAAGUAGUCCAAAAAAUAAAACCCAGUUCUCUUGGACUAACUUCUUCUUCCCUCCAUCUUUAUUUUUCUUAUCUAUCUUCUUCAAAAACACCUUCUUUACUUCCUUUACUCAAAUCCGCCAAAUGGGUACUCUCAAAUCUUCUCUUCUCCUUAUAGUUACAGUAGUACUCACAAGCUUGUCACUCGUCACAGUAGAAGCAAAGACGCAUUGGCAGGAUGUAGAGGUUCUGAAACAGCUUAAAAAUGGGAUUGAAGCAAGCUCAGUGAGUCCAGGUUCUUGCUUGAGUUCAUGGGAUUUCUCUGUUGAUCCAUGUGAUAGUUUAUUUAGUGAGAAAUUCACAUGUGGGUUCAGGUGUGAUCUUCUUGUUUCCGGCAUGAGUCGAGUUACUGAAGUCAGUCUUGAUCAAGCUGGUUACUCUGGUUCCCUCUCUUCCAUUUCUUGGAACUUACCUUACUUGCAAACCCUUGAUCUUUCAAGCAAUAAUUUUUAUGGUCAAAUCCCCGAGUCUUUCUCCAACUUAACUCGUUUAACUCGACUCGGGUUGUCAAGAAACUGGUUUUCUAACAACAUACCUACAUCGAUUGGCUCACUCACUAAACUCGAAGAACUUUAUCUCGAUAACAACAUACUUCAAGGCACAAUCCCUGCAAGCAUCAAUGGUCUAAUUAGCUUAAAAAGGCUCGAAAUUCAAUCCAACAAGUUAUAUGGUGAGUUCCCCGAGUUGGGUUCUUUAAAAAAUCUCUACUUUUUAGAUGCUAGUGACAAUGCAAUAUCAGGAAAAGUUCCAUAUUCACUUCCAUCAUCCUUAGUUCAAAUCUCCAUGAGAAACAACACCUUGCAAGGCACCAUCCCUGAAAGUUUUAAAAAUUUGGUCUUUCUACAAGUACUAGAUCUUAGUCACAAUAAACUCAGUGGCUUAGUUCCUUCUCUUCUCUUUACACAUCCGUCACUUCAACAGCUCACUCUCUCUUUCAAUUACUUCACCUCCGUACAAUCCCCAUCCCCAUUUUCCUUACCUUCAAGCCCUAUUCAGAGCGAGCUAAUUGCCAUGGAUUUAAGCAACAACCAACUUCAAGGUUUUUUACCUUCAUUCCUACCAUUAAUGCCAAAGCUCUCUGCUUUAUCACUAGAGAACAACAAAUUCACAGGAAUGAUACCAACCCAAUUCGCCAUUAAAGCUGCAGCAUCGCUUAUUGGAUCAGGAUUUUCACCAUUUGCAAGAUUGUUAUUAGGAGGGAAUUACUUGUUUGGACCUAUACCAGUGCAAUUAAUAAAGCUUCAACCAGGUUCUGUAGAUGUUAGAUUGAAUGAUAAUUGCUUGUAUAGAUGUCCUACAAGUUUCUUUUUCUGUCAAGGCGGUGUGCAGAAAUCGUUAAUGGAGUGUAAGAGUUUUAGCCCUUUUAUUCCCUAAAUUGGACAAAUGAAAAACAAAUGGAUUAACGUGAUUAUAUUACUAGUGUAUUCUUUUUGUUAAUAAUGAAAAUUAUUCUGUGUA